UUUUUAAAAAAACAAUGUGCUUUUUCUUUCUCGCAGUUUACAGAAACACGGAAGUAACACGCUGCAGGCGAACGGAAGCACUUGUACAUAUGUAGAUUGAAGUUGAAUUUUUAUUUAGUUUUCUCUCCGCCCAGGAAGCCCUUUUUUAAAAAGCAUUUUCAAUUGAAGACAACGUUCAGUUUGGUUAAGUCAUUAUGUUGUGUAAACUGAUCAGGUGGAGAAGUGGAAAUCGGCGAUGCUUUGAGUUUAACAACAGGGGGAACUAUUACCACCGUAUUGAGUCACAGUUUAGCAGAUUGUAUCUAUCCUAACUGGAUAGUAAUUGUUAAUCGAGGAGAUCAGGAAAGAUGGCACAAAGCGCAGCGCCACAAUUGUAGUAAAAAGCUUCACCCCGUUCAUCGCAAAAUACUGUGAAAAAUCAUCGAAGACAUCAAAUCAUCAUUGAAGAGGGAGCAGGAUGAAUGCUGGUGAUAUGCUGGAGGGGCCUGUCCGAAGUAGAGCGACAGAUGGAAGUCUACUGAUGGGAUCCAGUGCUAUCCCCACAGAAAUGACGGCAGAAGUUGGCCAGCCCCUCAAUCUGACAGUAAGUAAUUCAGAAGGAGGAACGAUGAUGUCUGAAGAAAAAGGCUGGCAGGCUGUGCCAAUCAAAAUUGAAAGAAUGGAUGAAGAAGCUGAAUCAAGCAGUGCAGCUGAUGUGCAGGACUUCGAUAUAUAUAGUGCCAUGGAAUGGAAAAAUGGAGUGGGUAUCUUGCCUGGCAGUGACCUAAAGUUUCAAAUGAAUGAGUUUGGAGCCCUAGAGAUUAUUACAACUGAAGAACAGGAUGGAGCCCCCAGUGCGCAGAUUACGGAUGAGCCGACAAAUAUAAGGAGGAAUGCUUACAGUGAAGCAUCUAAUGUACAAGAAGGCAUUACUGAAGAUGGUGGUGCAAAUGACGUGUCCCACAUGGAAGGCAUCUGCUGCUGUGAAAACUGUGGAAGCUAUCGGGUAAUGGAGGAGUCCAAUCAACAUGAUUGCUUCUGUGGGACAAACUGCCAGCAACAAUACAAAAUUCAAACUUGCGAGAGUAAGUCAUAUUUCAAUACAAGAUUCUUCAACAGACAGCCCAUUGUGGAGCAUGUACCAAUCAAGCAAAAUGCUGGAACGAUACUGAAAUGCAUCAAAAAGCGAAAGAGGAAAGUGAGUGUGAACCUAAAGGAAGAUCCUGAUGAAGAUUUUGAAGAUGGCCACAUGGAGGAAGUGCAAGAUGAUGGAAAAAUGAAGAUAAAAAUGUCUGCAGUGCUGACUAACCACAUGAACUUCAAAAGCAAUCGGCUUUCUGACCCAAAUUCCAAGUUCUCGAAACAGGCUGUGCCACUGACUGGAAAGAAAAAGGCUUGGUCCUGGCAACAGUAUCUUGAAGAAGAGAAAGCAUUAGCAGCACCUCCUAAACUGUUUAAAGAGUGUCAGUUAGUUCCUCAGAUUAAAAAUGGAUUUAAAGUAGGCAUGAGAUUGGAAGGCAUCGACCCACGGCACCCCUCCAUGUUCUGUGUGUUGUCAGUGGCAGAGGUGUGUGGCAUUAGGCUGAGGCUCCAUUUCGACGGAUAUUCGGAGUGUUUUGAUUUCUGGACGAACAUUGAUUCACCUGAUAUCCAUCCUGUGGGGUGGUGUGAAAAGACCAGUCGCAAAUUGCAUCUUCCUAAAGGCUAUAAGGAUGAGGAGUUUAACUGGGCAAGCUAUCUGAAGACUUGUAAGGCCCAACCAGCCCCAAAGAAUCUGUUUAAAGUUCAGAAUACAACUGUUACUCCUUCAGGAUUUCGAGUAGGUAUGAAGCUGGAAGCAGUGGACAGAAAGAACCCCUCCCUGAUCUGUGUUGCAACAGUAACAGAUAUCAUAGACAAUCGCUUUUUGGUCCAUUUCGAUAACUGGGAUGAUACGUAUGAUUACUGGUGUGAUGCGAGUAGUCCAUACAUUCAUCCAGUGGGCUGGUGUCAGGAACAAGGCAAGACCCUUACUCCUCCCCAAGUGUUUCUGUUGUUACCUGAGCGGUCACCACACGGUUUCCAGGUGAAUAUGAAGCUUGAAGCUGUUGACAGACGAAACCCAAUGUUGAUUCGAGUUGCCACAGUUGUAGAUGUUGAUGAUCAAAGGAUAAAGGUCCAUUUUGACGGGUGGAGUCAUAACUAUGAUUUUUGGUUUGAUGCAGAUCACCAUGAUAUUCACCCUGCUGGAUGGUGUGCCAAGACAGGUCACCCACUGCAACCACCACUUUCUUCACAAGACCUUGUUGCAGUUCCAACUCCUGGAGGAUGCCCAACGCCUGGAUGCAAAGGUGUUGGGCACAUCAAAGGUGCCCGAUAUACGGGCCAUCAUAGUGCUUUUGGCUGCCCCUAUUCAGAGCUCAACCUAAAGAAAGAGUCAAUUCAAGACAGACUUGGAGGAGAGAAACAGAUGACCCUGGUGCCAAUACCUCUUCUUUCAAGAACUAAACGUUUGGAUAGUAAUCAUUCAAGUGGGAAGCCAGAGGAGUGUGUUAAUGAAGCAAGAAAAUGUCCCACUCCUGGUUGUGAUGGAUCAGGUCACAUAACGGGGAAAUACGCUGCACACCAUCGAGUGUCGGGUUGCCCUCUUGCUGACCAAAAACAGAUCAAGAUUAAAAUUGAACAGCAGGAUGAAGAAGGGCCAUCAGAAAAUAAAGCAGUAUUUUCAUUUGCUCAGCGCAAAAGGACAAAACAUCAAGGCCGGCUAGCUCGACCAGCAAAAUACAUGAAAAUGAAAGAGGAAACAACUGAUAUUGACCUGCAUAGUCUCCUCAAAGAUCUUUCAGUUGACAGCAUGCAACAAGCUCUCCACCAGUCUGUCUUCAUGUCAGCCAUGUCUGCUCACCCAGUUCGUGAUCUCCCAUUUUGCUGGGAGCAGCAUUGCAAACUUCUGCCUGGAGUGGUGAAUUUCCGAGCUAGCAAGGUGUCCCAGUGGAGCAUUGAUGAGGUUGCAAACUUUGUCCAGACUCUUCCUGGUUGCAAAGAACAGGCAAAGACCUUUAAGGAAGAGCAGAUUGAUGGAGAAGCAUUUCUUUUGCUGACACAGGUGGACAUAGUUAAGAUCAUGAGCAUCAAAUUAGGCCCAGCCCUGAAGAUUUACAACUCCAUUCUGAUGUUUAAAAAUUCUGAAGAUAAUUUGGAAUAGACAUUGUGGAUUGAAAAGGGCAACUGUUAAGUGAUGCUAUUCUUUUCUAAUGAAUAGUAAAAUUAUUCUCCUCGUAAUGAGUGGCACAUUAAACUGUAGAUAAUUUAUCAGCAAGAUUAACAGGGUAUAUGAAGAUAUUCUAAGAUAUUGUUGAAUUAAAAGAAUUUUUAGUCACAGUUGCUUGUCAAUAAGAUAUGGUGAAGUCAUUAAA